CAAACGGUUGGCUGGUGUGUAGUUUCUGAGAUGGAUAUAUUCAGUUGGCAUUAAGAUGUACUAACCUUUGUGAGAGGAUGGUUUUUGAGUCACUCGUGAGUGAUCUGUUGAACAGGUUCAUUGGUAAUUAUGUGGAAAACCUUGACAAGUCUCAAUUGAAAAUCGGCAUUUGGGGAGGCAAUGUUAUCCUUGAGAACCUGAGAGUGAAAGAAAAUGCUUUGAGUGAAUUGGAUGUACCGUUUAGAGUGAAGGCAGGGCAGAUUGGCAAGCUAAGUUUGAAGAUUCCUUGGAAGAAUCUGUAUAAUGAAGCAGUGGUGGCAACAUUAGAAGACGUCUAUGUCCUUGUGGUACCUGGAGCGACAAUAAAGUAUGAUGCUGAGAAGGAGGAGCGCUACCUGCAGGAGGCUAAGCAGAAAGAACUCCAGCGCAUUGAUGACGCUCUUCAAUCUGCAGCACAAAGAGAGAAUCCUCAAGAAGAGAAAAAAGACUCAUUUGUUGAGAAGCUUGCCACUCAAGUCAUCAAAAACCUGCAAGUGAAAGUCACCAGUAUCCAUUUGAGAUAUGAAGAUAAUGUAUCAAAUCCACAGAAGCCCAUCUCAAUUGGUUUAACCCUUGCAGAGCUUAGUUUGCAGACCACAGAUGAGAAUUGGAAGAUGUGCAUCCUUGAUGAAGCCUCCAAGAUAUUUUAUAAGCUGGGUCGCUUGGAGUGCCUUUGCGCUUACUGGAAUGUCAACAGCUCAACUAUGUCCUCUGGGUCAUGGGAGGAUAUUGUGGAUAUGCUGAAAGCUGGGAUCAGCACCAAAGACCAGGAACUGAAAGAAUUUCAGUACAUAUUUAAGCCUAUAUUUGGCACAGCAAAAAUAUGUAUCAACCCAAAUGCAGAGAUAGAGCUGAAGUCACCAAAACUUUCCCUGCAUCUAGAGGUUGACAAAAUUGCUCUCGAGAUGACCAAACAUCAGUACCUGACCAUGGUGGAACUGCUCGAGACCUUUGACUACAUGGUGAAGAAUGCUCCUUACAGAAAGUUUCGGCCAGAUGUUCCAGUCCAUGCAAAUGCCAGGCAGUGGUGGCAGUAUGGUAUUCAGAGUAUAAUGGAGGUACACAUACGAAGACUGAAAGACAUGUGGAGCUGGCCUCGUAUCAGACAACAUCGUCAGCGUCUUCGUGCAUACAGAGUCAUCUACAAAACCCAUCUCAUUCAAGGCAAAACAAAGGGUGACCGGGAAACACAGAUAAAGGAGCUGGAACAAGUUCUAGAUGUGUUCAACAUCACAAUGGCACGUCAGCAAGCCCAUAUGGAGGUCCUCAGGUCAGGGCAAAAGGUGCUGGGCAAAAGGGCAAGUGCCCAGAAGCAGGGUGGGGGGUUCUUCAGCAGCCUUUUCGGGCGGAAAGACAGUGGGAAGAAAAAAGAAGCGGAUGAUGAGAAGGAGGACGACACAAAGUUAGGAAAUCUGGAUGCCAUCUUAACAUUGGAGGAGAAAGAGAAACUCUACACAGCCAUUGGUUACAGUGGCAGUUCACAUAAUCAAUCACUGCCAAAGCAGUAUGUUGCUGUGUUUGUGAGCAUUAAGCUGAUGAGGACUUCCAUCACUCUGAGAGAGGCAGAACAUGUUCCAGAGAUCCUAAAGGUCCAGAUGGUUGACCUCAGAACUAAAAUCUCACAGAGACCAGGAGCUCAGGCCAUCAAGUUGGAAGCUGGCCUAGAGCACUGGUAUGUGACUGGCCUACAACAAAAUGGAGUGGUGCCUUCUAUCAUUGCAUCAAUGGGAAACAACACGUCUUCAUUGCUGAAUAUACUAUUCGAAGUGAAUCCUGAAAAUCACACUGCUGAUCAGCUUCUUCACAUCCAGUCCCAACCUGUGGAGAUCAUCUAUGAUGCAGUUACAAUCAACACCUUGGUAGAGUUUUUUAAGCCAACAAAAGGACUUGACUUGGAGGUCAUUACCUCUGCAACACUCAUGAAACUGGAGGAGAUAAAGGAAAAAACUGCAGCUGGUCUGUCUCACAUCAUACAGACACGGAAAGUUCUAGACCUGAAAAUCAACCUGAAGCCCUCUUACUUUCUGUUGCCAUUCUCUGGCUUCAAUGGUGCUGAAUCGGACUUGAUGAUACUUGACUUUGGUAGUUUGCAGUUAACAAGUUCGGAUCAGGAAUCUCAGUUGCAGAAACAGUUAACUUCCAGCUCAUCUCUGGAAGAAGUUAUGGACCAAGCUUAUGAAAAGUAUUCACUAGAGCUGCGCAAUGUUCAGUUAUUGUUUUGCACUGCAGGCAAAAACUGGAAGGCUGCCCAUCAGACAGGCUCCUCCCCCCAGCACAUAUUGCAGCCCAUGGAUUUCAACCUCCAGCUCAGCAAGUGCAUGGUGGACCAAGACAGCAGGAUGCCAAGGUUCAAGUUGUUGGGUGAAUUGCCACUGCUGCAUGUUAAAGUCUCUGAACAGAAGAUCAAGGGCAUGUUCAACCUCCUGAGAAGCAUUCCUUUACCAUCCACAGCGGAUACCCCUGUAUCUCCUAAGAAGGUUUUGGCCACACCUCUGUCAAGCACAGCCAAGAUUUUAAAUGCUUCUACUUUUCUGGACAUUGACUCAGACUUUGAGGACGAUACCAGUGAUGCCUCUCAGGAUGAAGAUCUCAUGAAAAUGACAAAAGCUGAGCUAACUGACUUGCAAUUCAAGUUUGAAGUUAAAGAGGUCUUACUGCAAUUGACACGGGAUGACUCCAAGGAACAGUGUGUUUUAGCUUGUGUUUGUCAACUUGGUGCUGAGGGUAAACUUAGAACAUAUGACAUGGAUAUUACAUCAUACUUGCACAAGGUCAGCCUGGAUCACUGUGAAAUUACAGACUCUCUCAAUCAGCCGCUGCAUUUGAUCCGUUCCUCUGAUGCCCAUGACAAUCUGUUGAAAGUAGUGUUUGUCAAAGCUGAUCCUGAUGGACCACAUUUUCUAAACACUUUUGAGAACACUGAACAAACACUCAAGGUUGAGUUCUCCUCUCUGGAUUUUCUCCUCCACACCAGAGCACUGCUGUCCUGCAUAGAUUGUUUAAGCUCUGCCCUGCCUGAGGAGCUGAAGACAGGCAGAGACAAACAAGAGAAGAGUCGCAAUGAGAAAGACAUGGAAAAGAAAGAGAUGAAAGGAUCCAGAGAUGAUGAUGUUGUGGCCUUUAAGGUCGUCGCUGCACUUGGAUCUUUUGGAAUCAGGGUGUGUGAUGACCAAGUUGAAAUAGCUGAUAUCAAAAUACGAGGAAUUGAUGCAUCUGUUGUGGUCCAUUCGAAGAAGACAGAUGUGUUUGUUAGGCUGAAGGAUAUUGCCGUUAUGGACAUCGCUCCAAAAACGCUCCAUAAAAGGGUGGUCUCCAUUGUUGGAGAGGAGGUGUUCAGCUUUAAUUUGUGUCUUUACCCCAAUUCUACUGAGGGAGAGGGCUACCUAGACACUUCAGUGGUCGAUGGAAAGGUUACUCUCAGGAUGGGCUGCAUCCAGAUUGUGUAUCUGCACAAAUUUUUUAUGUCUCUGUUGGGAUUCCUUAGCUUUCAAUGUUGUUCUCCCCAUGAGAUUUUUGUGGAUAACUUCCAGGCAGCAAAAUCAGCCCUGACUGCAGCGACAUCUCAGGCAGCGGAAAAGGCAGCAAGCAGCAUGAAGGAAUUUGCUGAGAAGAGUUUUCGCCUGUCCAUGGAUGUCAAACUCAAAGCCCCCCUCAUCAUCAUUCCCCAGUCUUCUACUUCCCAUAAUGCAUUAUUGGUUGACCUAGGACUCAUUACUGUGAGCAACUGUUUCAGCCUGGUUCCAGCUAAUGAAGGUCCAUUUCCUCCACUUCUGGAAACAAUGGAAAUCAAACUUACCCAACUCAAACUGGUCAGGACAUCUCUGAAAAGCCUGACACCUUCUCAGAUGGCCGCUGAGACUGACCUUCUGAAGCCCAUUAAUCUAGAGCUCCAGGUUAAACGCAACCUUUCCUCAACCUGGUUUUCUAAAAUUCCUGGACUGGAGAUAAAAGGAGGUCUCAAUGCUAUGAAUAUCUGUCUGGGGGAAGAAGACUUCUGUCUUUUAACAAAGAUUUUAAUGGACAACUUUGGAGAAGAAACCAGCAGUCGUUUUGUUGAUGUAGAUAAACCCACUGCCGCUACAAAGUGUCAUCAAAAUGAGGAGAUGACAUGUAAACAAACUGAAGAAACGACUGUUUCGACAUUAUCAGAAGUAGGAGAUCAGCAGUUAAUCACUGAUGGAGAAAACACAGUUAACAUCCUGCUCAACUUUGAAAUCAAGGAGGUUACACUCAGACUGAAAAAGUCUCAUGAGGGAAUUGAGAGUCCAUUUCUAGACUUGAAUGUUUCACAACUUGGUAUCAACAUGACAAUGCGCAAAUAUGACUUGUGUGCCACCACUUAUAUACAAGCAGUUUCUUUGAGGUGUCCACAGUUCUUAGAGGUAAAUGGAGAACCUCUCUGCCUUGUUACCUCUACUGCAGAGUAUGGAACAGAACUUCUCAAAGUGCAAUAUGUCAAGGCUGAUACGAAUGGGCCAAACUUCAGAACCACCUAUAAAAACACUAACCAAAUAAUACAUGUCUUAUUCUCGUCUCUGGAUGUGAAACUGCACAGUGAGGCUUUGCUCUCUGUGAUGAGCUACUUCUCAUCUGUCAUGAUCGAUUCACCAACAAGCGCUGUCACAGCUAACAUAGAGACCAGACAGAGUGUUGCUUCACAAGCAAAUGGCAGUACAUCUGAAGUUUCAGAAUCUCCUGUUGAUGAUGGUGUGAUUGAUCUAAAGAUCUUGAUGAAGCUUGGGGCAUUUAACGUUUUGUUAUGCGACCUUAGCUGCAGUAUUGCAGAUGUCAGGAUUCAAGGUCUGCAAGGAGAACUGUUGAAGCAGCAGUCUGAAAUGCACAUCUCUACCAGUCUCAAAGAUUUCAUCGUAGAGAAUGUGGAUCCCAACACACGGCACACCAAGGUUGUUUCCAUAGCUGGAGAUGAAGUUUUCAGUUUCAAAAUGAGCUUGACUCCUAAGGCUACAGAAGGCUCUGGUUAUGCUGACGUGACCAAGAUGGAUGGCUGUGUCAAGCUGUCUGUGGGCUGCAUCCAGGGGGUCUAUCUCCACAAGUUUGCCAUGUCACUUCUGAACUUCUCUAAUCACUUCCAAACGGCAAAAGAGGCUCUGACUGUUGCCACUACUCAUGCAGCAGAGAGAGCUGCCAGCAGCGUGAGGAAUCUUGCUCAGAAAAGUGUCCGUGUGUCUUUGGACAUCAAACUAAAGGCCCCUGUCAUCAUUAUUCCUCAAUCCUCACUGUCCCCUAAUGCCCUGCUGGUUGACCUGGGCCUCAUCACAGUUGACAAUACCUUCAGCUUGCUGCCUGUGGAAGAGGAUCCCCUCCCUGUUGUACUCGAGCACAUGAAUGUGAACCUCACACAGCUUAAACUUUCUAGAGUGCAUUUGGAUCAGGACUCCAGUACUGAGCUAUUGGAACCUGUGAACCUGGUGUUGAGUGUGCAGCGCAACCUGGCCUCUUCCUGGUAUCUGAAUCUGCCAGCCGUGCAAAUACACGGUGACCUCAAGCCAAUGAAGGUAUCACUGAGUCAGGAGGAUCUUAAAAUGGCUCUAAGUAUUCUGAUGGAGAAUACAGGAGAAGUCAACUUGGAAGACAUUCAAAAGACAGUUGAUCACAAACACAACAGCGCCAAAGAACAGGAUAGCACAAGAAAAGAUGUGUGUGUGGAUCAAACAAACAAAGAGCCAGAGACUGAUGAGCUGGCUGGAGAGACGAAGGAGACACUAAAAUUCAGCUUUAAUAUUACCUCUCUUGGGCUGGUGCUAUUUGGCAGCCGCUCUCAAAAGGCAUCAGAGCAAAUCAUGGACCAGCCUUUAGGAGAGUUCACACUCCAUCAGAUGAGAGCAGAGGGGAGAGUGCUGUCAGAUAGCAGCCUGGAAAUAUCUACUGCUCUGAAGAGCUGCACUUUGCAUGACCAUAGGACCACUGGUGAACGAGUCACAUCUAGAAUGCUGGGGAGGCGAGAUGAGGACAGCUCUGAUGCCAUGAUCGAUGUGACUUACAGGCAGAACACAAGUGAAAGAAAGGUGGUAGUUGUUCUGCAAAACCUUUAUUUGUGUGCCAGCAUGGAGUUUCUUUUGGCCGUGGCAGACUUUUUCAUCCAGGCUAUGCCCCAAACACCACCUGCUAAAGUUGACAAGGCUAUGCAGCUUCAGGUGAAACCCAUAUCAGAUGCCACGUCUGCGGCACACAACCAGUCAGUGUGUACGCAGAGGACCUACAUCCAUGCCGUUGUUGUGGACCCCGAAGUCGUGUUUGUGGCCAAUCAGUCAUGUGCUCAAGCGCCAUCUUUGGUGGCAUCAUUCCAGGGUGACUGCCACUUCAAGUCAGACGGGACUGUGUUUAGUUUGUCAUCCAAUAUCAGGGACCUGCAGCUGCUUGCCUGUCCUUUCAUACGCAAGCAGGAGGACAAGGCUGUCUCAACGGUGCUGCAUCCAUGUUCAGUUGUGCUGGAUGGCAGAAUGGAGGCAAACGGUCCUGUGCAUGUGUCUGUGGAUAUAGAGGAGGUGAUCAUCAAGAUCUCUCCAGUUAUCAUAAACACAGUUUUGACAAUAUCUACAGCCAUGACUCUAAAGGCACCAGCUGAGCCUUGUGAUGAAUGUGCACCUGACUUGAGCAAACUGUUCAGUGUCAUGGAUAUCAACAGCUGCAACUACUGGUUCCUGGGGGUCGACCCUGCACAGGAAAUGACUGAGAAUUUUGUUGUUGCUAAGGAGCAUGUAGACGAGAACUUCAAGUUUCAGGUGAAAGUUGUCCAGUUGAUUUUGGAGUCUGGGCUAGGUCAUCGCACUGUGCCGCUUUUGUUGGCAGAGUCCUCUCUCACCAUGGACGCACACAAUUGGACUUCACAGCUGCAGCUCAAUGCCGACAUGACUCUAGAGGUUAAUUACUUCAAUGAAAUGAAUGCUGUCUGGGAACCACUGAUAGAACGAGUGGGUGAUGGCCAACACCUGUGGAAGCUCAGCUUGGAGAUGAAAACCAAUCCUACACGAGAUAAGAGCCCUGUACCGGGAGAUGAUUUCAUAAUGUAUCCUGAUCCUCAAACUGCAAUCACCAUAAGCUCAAAAGACACCAUGAACAUUACCCUCUCCAAAUGCUCACUCUCUGUCUUCAGCAAUCUAGCCAAGGCAUUCUCAGAGGGUACAGCCUCAACCUUUGACUAUUCUCUGAAAGAGAAGGCUCCAUUCACCAUUCAGAAUGCUUUGGGUAUACCGUUGCUCAUCCAGCACAGCAGCAACUUGCGUAUUGUGGACAAACCUGGGCCUGGAAAACUGCAUGAAGUGGCUGUAGACCAGACCAUUGACUUGACUUACUCUUUGGUCAAGCCCAUAUCCCGAGCAGGCCUGUCACCCCUGCAGAGGCAGGAAAGCUGUCUCUUCUUGAGCAUAGUCCCCACAGGUUACAGUGAGAUCUCCAGUAUUCCCAUCAGUAAACCCAGUAGACGGCUCUAUAACAUUCGAGGACCCACACAUGAGGCUGUGUCAGUGCUGCUGCAGGUUGAUGCCAAACAGGGUAACAAGGUCAUCACUGUCAGAUCUCCUCUUCAGAUAAGAAAUCAUUUUUCUGUGCCUUUUGCUAUCCUGAAAUACUGCCCAACCAGUGGAGGCUUGGUCCAUGUAGGCAUCUCCCAACCAGAGAAAGAGUUACAUGUCACCUUAGAGUCUUACAGGUGUCAGCUCUUCCUCCUUCCUGUGGGUAAUUUAGAGGGUCAAUACUCGCCAUCGUCUACAUGCAUCAGCUGGAAAGAAAAUGUUCACAUGAGUAAUGAGGUGCAGUCGGAGCUACUGUGCCCUGCUAGCAGUGCCAGUUUCCUUCCAUUGGUGGUGAAAACAUUUGCCAUGCCUGAUGACCUGACUUUUGUAGCUGGUCAAGCUGAGGAAAACUGGGACCCUGCCUACAUUAUUCACUUGUAUCCAGCAGUGAUAAUCCGCAAUUUCCUGCCUUAUUCCAUACGAUACUUGCAAGAGGGCUCAGCAGAAUUUUACGAAAUAUCUGAAGGAAGCACGUCUGAUGUCCUGAACACUCGCAUCACUGGUGAAAUGAUGGAAUUGAUGUUGAUUAAGUAUCAGGGCCGAAACUGGAGUGGAAGGAUGAAAAUCCAUGACGGCCUGGCAGAGUUUGUCUCUGUGAGCCUAAUCUGUGAGACAUCAGAGGAGCUGGUAGUGGAUCUGCAUGUCCAUGUGACAAAAAGCAAUGGAAAUCUGCUGCUUUCUAUCUUCAGCCCGUACUGGAUCAUCAACAAGACAUCCCGAGUGCUGCAGUAUAAAGACGAAGACAUUUGUGUUAAACACCCAUCAGACUUCAGAGAUGUCAUUCUUUUUUCAUUCAAAAAGAAGAACUUCUUUAGCAAGAGCAAGUUGCAGCUCAGCGUGUCCACAAGCGCCUGGUCUGAUGCCUUCUCUCUUGACACUGUUGGAAGUUAUGGCUGUGUCCGAUGUCCUGACAAGAAUGUCGACUACUUGGUUGGUGUUUGUAUCCAGAUGAGUAGUUUCAAUCUGAGCCGAAUAGUCGUCAUGACUCCAUUCUACAUGCUGGCAAAUCAGAGCGGUUUAGAACUAGAGGUGGGGGAAGUGCCAAGUGAGAACCACUCCUCUAAGGAACGAUGGCAUUUCAUUGGAUCCAAAGAGUGUAUACCGCUUUGGCCAGAACUGAGCACCAGUAAACUCUGUGUGAGAGUGGUGGGAUCUGAGAUCACCUCGAAGUCUUUCUACUUCAACAAACAGGACAAUGGCACACUGCUCAGUAUUGAUGAGUAUGGAGGCCUCCUUGUUGAUGUCAAUAUCUUGGAUCACUCAACAGUCGUCAGCUUCUCUGAUUACUAUGAAGGCUCUGCUCCUGCCCUGCUGAUCAAUCACACAUCCAGAGUCAGCAUUCAGUUUCAGCAAAGUGGAUGCAAAGAACAUCAUGAGCUCAGGUCAGGCGAAGUGCAACAUUUUGCAUGGGAUGACCCUUCAGGGGUUCGUAAACUGAGAUGGAGCUUCAGUGAACAACAGGGGGAGCUGGACUUGGUGAAGGAUGAAUACGGUUCCUUUGCAAUGGACGACGAUUGCCAUGUGCACUGGGUGAGCUUCCUUGACGGGCGGCAGCGCGUGCUGCUCUUUACGGAGGAUGUUGCCGUGGUAGCUAAGGCACGACAGGCUGAGGAGCUGGAGCAGUUCCAGCAAGAGAUCACCGUGUCUCUCCAGAAUCUGGGGCUCUCACUGAUCAACAACAAGAACAAGAGAGAAAUUGCCUAUGUUGGCAUCACCAGCUCUGGAGUGGUGUGGGAGAUGAAGCCAAAGAACAGAUGGAAGUCAUUCAACCAUAAAAACAUCAGCUUGCUGGAGAAAGCAUAUCAAAAGUACCUCUCAUCAACUAAGGAGCCUUGCUGGGUGAAAGUAGAAACCAAUUUAGAGGUCAAUUUUGGAAGGUUGCAGAUGCGUCAGCCUUACUCCUGUUCAAUUCGGAGGAAUUCUCUGGCCGGGAUUCAAGUCGAAUACAAACAGUCAAAGCACCAGAGGAGUCUGAGGGCCCAACUUCAUUGGUUACAGGUGGAUAACCAGCUCCCUGGUGCCAUUUUCCCUGUCGUCUUCCAUCCUGUGCCGCCACCGAAGUCUUUGACACUGGACUCAGAGCCAAAGGCAUUCAUUGAUGCCAGCAUUAUCAUCAGAUUUAAUGAGCACAGCCAAGUCAUGCAGUUCAAGUACUUCAUGGCCCUUGUCCAGGAGAUGGCAGUGAAGCUUGAUCAGGGUUUCUUAGGGGCACUCUUCUCUCUGUUCACUCCCUCUGUUGACAACCAGUUCAGUAAAAAGCAGCUCAUUGUGAAAGAUGUAGACACACUGCAGGAGCAGCUGAUGGAAACAUCUAGAACAGACAGCUCAGGCCUCAGCUUCUUUGAACAUUUUCACAUCUCCCCAAUAAAACUACACCUCAGCCUGUCUCUGGGCUCCAGCGGAGACGAGGCAGAGGAACAGGAAAUGGUAGCUGUCCAGUCACUGAAUUUGCUACUUAAGAGUUUUGGAGCAACCCUCACUGAUGUGGAUGAUCUAAUUUUUAAACUUGCAUACUUUGAAGUCCGCUUCCAGUUCUACCGCAAGGACAAGUUGAUGUCAGCGGUCAUUCGGCAUUACUCUGAGCAGUUCCUGAAGCAGAUGUAUGUAUUGGUGUUGGGACUGGAUGUGCUGGGCAAUCCUUUUGGUCUAAUCAGAGGCUUGUCAGAGGGAGUGGAGGCCUUCUUUUAUGAACCAUUCCAGGGAGCUGUACAGGGACCAGAAGAAUUUGCAGAGGGCUUUGCCAUUGGAGUACGCAGUCUUCUGGGACACACAGUGGGAGGAGCAGCAGGAAUGGUAUCACGGAUUACUGGCUCUGUGGGUAAAGGGUUGGCAGCAAUCACCAUGGACAAAGAAUACCAGCAGAAACGCCGAGAGGAGAGAAACAGACCUCCCAAAGAUUUUGGAGAAAGCCUUGCCAAAGGAGGGAAGGGUUUUUUGAAGGGUGUGGUUGGGGGUGUGACUGGAAUUGUCACCAAGCCUGUUGAAGGUGCAAAGAAAGAGGGCGCAGCUGGCUUCUUCAAGGGCAUUGGAAAAGGACUGGUAGGCGUUGUUGCCAGACCAACUGGAGGCAUUGUAGAUAUGGCCAGCACCACCUUUCAGGGCAUUCAAAGAGUGGCAGAAUCAGCAGAGGAAGUGAACAAAAUACGCCCAGCACGUCUUAUUCAGGAAGAUGGGGUGAUCCGCCCAUACAACUUACAAGAAUCCCAGGGUUAUGACUUCUACCAGAGAUCAGAGAUUAAGCAGGAGGAUGGGGAGGUCUUCAGGGAACACUUUGAUUUCCCUGGACACAAGAAAACUAAAAUAAUCAUAACUAACAGGCGGGUCAUGUGUGUGAAGGAGAUCGAGUUUGUUGGUCACUUCAGCAAGGACUGGGAGUGCCUUUAUAAGCUCUUCUACAAGUCACCCAGUGUAGAGGGAUCAGACCUCAAGCUUUACUGUAAGGAGCAGAAUAAAUUGAGGAUUGCUAAGAAAGACGGCGAGGAAGUGAGAGUUGUGGGAAUGAAAUACGCUGAGUUUGCAGAGAAAUUGCGCGAUGCCAUAGUGAGUGCUCAGAUGGCUCAGCACCAACAGCAGAUGACUCGCCAGCAGUCUCACCGCCUUCGCAAGCUUUGAUCAGUUGCCUUAUAUUUAACUGAUGUUUGAAAUCUUUAGUCCUUCACAGUGUACCCUAGCCUUGAUUUUUGCUGUAUGCGCUUUAUCCACUUCUACUACCGCACACAACCUACAGGCAGAAUACCAUUUGAAAUGUACCCCUCAAAACUAAAAGAUUUCUUUCUGUGCACAUGAUGUUUUUCCUGUAAACCAGCCAUUGUCUUUGUUACUGGCUAUCGCAAUGUUGCCAUAUUUCAUUCCAAAAUAUUCAUUUGCAUGUUGCAACUCUUAAUAAUAUCUAUCAUGCAAAAGUUCAUUGUUAUGUCUUUCUCUCCGUUUAUUCAUGUAAUCCCAAAUUGCACUAGUUUCUGACAGGUCUGUCUGAUCUUUUUUUUUUCUUAAAUUGUCUGGGAUAUGGUGUUUAGAAAUCCUCUGGGAUAUGAUCAGGUAUUUUAAUACUUCAACAAUGAUGACAGCACUUAUACAGCAGCAUACAGAACACACGUGUGUAUGUGUGUGUGUG